AUGUCUUCACAAGCACCCGCUGGACGCCGUGUGGCCAUUGUGACCGGUAGUGCGCAGGGCAUUGGACGCGCCAUUGCGUUGCGUCUGGCUGUUGAUGGCUAUGAUGUCGCGGUGAACGACUUGCCUGCCCGUAAAGAGGAUCUUGAGGGCCUUGUGCGCGAGAUGGGGAGCCAUGGCGCUCGUGGAGCUGCGAUAACUGGAGAUGUGACUGUCGAGGCGGAGGUGGAGAAGCUCGUGGCGAAGACAGUAGAAGCGCUCGGUCGAGUGGACGUGAUGGUCGCUAACGCCGGAAUUGGCCAUGUAUCUCUCAUUGUUGACAUGGACCCGGAGGCCUUUGACCGUGUAUAUGCCCUCAACGUACGCGCCGUCGCGCUCUGUUAUAAGCAUGCUGCUCGGCAGAUGAUCAAGCAAGGCUGGGGUGGCAGACUGAUAGGUGCUAGCUCAGGAGCCGGGAAGCUUGGCGUACCCGGGCUGUCAGCGUACAGCUCCAGCAAGUUCGCCAUUCGCGGGCUCAGUCAAUCCGUUGCUAUGGAAUUGCGGCGCCACAAGAUCACUGUCAACACCUACGCACCGGGCCUCAUUGAUACGCCCGGUAUCGGAAGGAACGCUGCCAGUAUGAUGGAUAAGGGCACUAUGACGCGACCCAAGGGUCCAGGUAUGAAGACGGCCAUGGAUACAUCUGUUGUGUCGAGCAUAGUGGCGUACCUCGCUUCUGAAGAAGCGCAUCACAUCACAGGGCAAUCAAUAUCGGUCGACGGGGGUCAUGUCAUGUUAUAG